UCCUGACCCUGACUCCGACCUCCCGUCCCUGACCUCCUGUCCUUGACCUCCUGACCCUGACUCCUGACCUCCCAUCCUUGACCCCUGACCUCCUGUCCCCGACCUCCCGUUCUUGACCUCCUGACCCUGACCUCCGGACUCCGCCCUCCCGUCGCUGACGUCCAAUCCUUGACCCCCUGACCUGCUGUCCCCGACCUCCCGUCCUUGGCCUCUUGACCCUGACUCCUGACCUUCUGUCCCUGCCCCCGUCCCCCCGCCGCUGACCCCCCGCCCCCGGCCGCUCCUGGCUGGGGUUGAGCCGGGAAGGAGCGGGGCUCCGGCCACGUGUCGCAGCCUCCCGGGGCGGUAGAUGGUGCUCUGCCGGGAGUUGGACGGCGGCCGAGGCCGCAAUCUGGCUCGGCUUUUCUCUGAGCUGCAGUCGUUUCUCAAAGUGCUGGAGACAGAGAGCUUAAGUUGUGUUGCAGAGUCGAAGAAGGAGUCUGUGGCUGAGUUACUUCAGGAGCUGAAUAGAAGUGUGGGCACGGAAAAUUCCGGAUUCAUUCCAGCUGAGGAUGCAGAUUACAUGUUCAUGAGUUGUGUCGCACCGACGGAGAAUCGCUGGGAAACACAGCUUCAGGAGGAUGCAAAGGAGGCCCGGAAUGUUCUGGAAAUCAUCGAGGAUUUGGAAGACGUUCCACCCAGCCACCUGCUGACGGAUGAAUUUCAAAUGAAAGUGAGCCACACCGCCACACCUUCUGUCCCUGCUCAUCUCCACCAUGCUGACGACUCCUACGAGGAAGCAGAACCACUUAGCUCCGUCACCCACUGCUCAGCAGAUUGUGUGGAUUCAGACAGCAGCCAUUAUGAAUCUUACGGGGAGGAGGAGGUUUGUGUGACUCAUCGUGCAGCCUCCCUACAAAGGAUGCCGACACGUUCAUUGAGCGACUGCCGGAUCUGUGGCCUUCUGUGGCGGAAGCAGUGGUUGGGGCGAUGGACCAAGCAGCUGUUUCUCAUCAAGGACCAAGUCCUGAUGUGCUAUAAGUGCAUGAAGGACCAGUACCCACUGCUGGAGCUCAGUCUGCACGGGUCACGUGUGAUGUACAAGUUCAAGCGCAGUAAGAAGAUUCAGCACGAGCUGAAGGUUACGACAGCGAGUAAUGAGACCGUGGUGCUGGGGCUUCAGAGCCGCGAACAGACUGAGGACUGGCGGAAGAUUAUUGAAGAGGCGAGCAGCUCCAUUCAUUACAGAUCUACGCCCUGGGAUUCACCAAAAGCGGCCGGCAAGGUCUAUAAAUCUGCCACCAACAAGAAGCCACUGAGGGCUACUCGAAGCUUGGAGUCGGACAGAUUCACGGGCGAGAUGGUCACUGUAAGUGCGGCGACCCACAGCACAGGUUAUCUGAAGGUGCUCGUGAAGGACCAGUGGCAGACUCUGUGGUGUCGCAUCGAGGACCGAGUGCUCCUCGUGUACAAGGAUGACAGCGCAGCUGGGAAGUUGCACCUCUCCGUGGAUCUGCAAGGCUGUGAAGUUAGAGCACAGGCAGACAAGGCACACAAGUGCAGACUCACCAUUUCCCAUCAGAACAAGGAUCUGGCAGUGCUGCAGACCAGCUCAUCAGCGGAGAGGGAUCGGUGGCUCAGCCUCCUGUGGACAGGAUGUGCGACAGAUACAGAAUCAACUCAUCUGUACGAAGAGACUCUGCCAGCAACUGGGCUGCAGAACACUCCGAGCAACGGAAACCCUGUCAGUGGUUUGCUCCUGCGAAGAGUUACUACUCCCAAUGCGUACAUGGAUGACCCAUUUGGCCAAGUGUCCACCCCAGAGGACAGAGAGUGCAGCCCUUCACGCCAGCUGCAGAGGGUCAGUCCACCAAACCACGAGCUGGGAAAUAGAGAAGGUGCAGGAUUCUCAGAGAAUUACCAAAGCAAUAAAAAUAAUAACAACACAGCAAGAUACAGCACACUGCCGAGUGCCAGAUUUUUGAAUUCUUGGAGUGACUUUGAAAUUAAAAUGCCCGGAGGUGAAAACGAGCCUGUUAGAAACCAGUCAACACAGACGGACAAGAAAGAUUUCAAAGAAGCAAUGGAUUCCUUGCCUGAAAAGAAGACCUUGCCAAGGCUGGAAGAGAAGAUCCGCCGGCUGGAGCAGGCUGUGUACCGAGCGAAGGAGAGGGUAAAGUCAGGCUCCGAGCUCAACCUGUUGUCUCUCAGCAAGACCUUCAAACGAGCAUCCUGUGGACAGACGCUCGCACUGUUUUCCCCAAACUCGGAGACCACAAAUUCUGAGGUUGCGAUUGUGAGUCCAAUCCUGAGACGCACGGCCUCGGCCAAAAGCAGUCUGAGGCGUACACCAAGUGUCCUUGGUGUUGAGAAAGGCAGAGUGCUUCAGAAAACAAAGGAAUGGGAAAUGAAGUCCUCAGUAUAAUCAGUUUCUUCACCAAAGAACAACCUCCAUGUGAAGAUGCCCUGCUUUGUGGGACUCUGCACUGUAAAUAUUGGAAUCAUCAUGUGGAUCAUGCAUUAAAAAAAGGAUUCCUUCCUGCCUUCCAGUUCUUAUAGGAGGGCGAUUCCUGUACUGCACCCAGUUUUCUGUUCGAGUCUGAGACCUGAACCAAGUGUGCAGAAGCUGGGAUCAGACUGCAGUCUUAGCACUUGGGGUGAUGGAACCUCCAAACAACUUUGGUUCCAGAACACCUGUCCAACUUCAAUGUGUUAAUCUCACGAUGGCUAAAAAUGAGAGCAAAAUACUUGCUACAUCAAUUUGUUCAAACCCCCCCUUAGUGAUUCCUCUUCUCUCACCUGCCGUUCUUUCAUCUGGAAGCAAAAACACAGAUAUCACUAAUCCUCUGGUCGAUCAGGUGUCGUUUUUGGCAGACAUGAGGUGGCAUUUAAGUCGUUUAUUCUUUAGAACAGAAUUCUAAAGUUGUCUGUACAGAGUGGUGAUGUCUCACCGAGGGAAAGUUAAUGCUCCUUUCUACUUUGGACAUCCUCCGCCAGCAGAAGUUAUCGAUCAACCCUAAAUCUGUCUGGGAUAACAAAAGCAAUGCAGGUUUCCCCAGAACAGAGAGUUGGUGACCAAGUCUAAUAAUAACUUGUCAGGUAAACACUCAUCAUCUGCUAUGUAUUAACAACAGUUCAGCAAUCCACAAUUCUCCUUUAAGUAUCUAUCAAACUGCUGGUGUUUGAUUGCAGCAGUAAUGAUGUUUACAGCUAAAUCUCUGGGCUUGGGGCUAAAACCCAUUCUUGACUAUUACCACGCAACCGUAGUGAGGACAUGUCUGUACGUGGGCGCGUUAGGUCAGUGGUAGAGACAUUCCGAUCUGACACUUGCUGCUUUGAUGGACACAUGGAGUUGGGGACAUGGGUGCCUACCCAGCAGAACAUCUGGCUUUUGAUAGGAAGAGGGAGAUAAGUAACUUGUUUAAAAUAGGAAUCAAAAACUUUCUAAAGCACUUAUUAAUCACACUGGAGCAAAAUAACACUGCAUGUGUCACAGAGCAUCACCGAGACUCACAUCAAUUAUCAGAUUUUGAGCACCAGAUUUUAUGGAAUCUUAUCUCUGUACUUCACUUGUUUAUAAAUUGUAAAUGUCUGUUUUCUUUCUUAAAAUGAUUUGUACCUUGUGUUGUGUGAGAGAAGUU